UCCAUCUGCUCGAGGACCUCACAGUUCCGUCUUUCUGUUGCCUUCUGUGGCUUUUUGGAUGAGAUGCUCGUCUUCUGUUAAAGUGCUAUUCUUAGCAUUCCUGGCUUUUUUCAAUGCUGUAAAUCAUCUGAGUGGACUUUAACCAGUCCUUAUCGUCACACUCCAGUGAACUUUGACCCCUGGAUCUGCUUCACUACACAGAGGAAUAUCAGCAGCGAAAAAAUGAUCUGUUUAAAUGUUUUUUAUUUCAGCUAGAUUACAUAUUAUAUUCUAUAUAAGGGCAGGUGGAUGAAUGAGUGGAAGCUGAAUGACAUUUGUAGAAGAUGACGCAGAACAUGUUCCAGGAGGGGUUGUACCAGGUGUUUUUUAAGGAGACACCCUCAACCCACCCACCGACCCCGGUUACCAAUCACAGCGAGCUACUUAACGGCAGAAUUCACCGUUGGUUUGGGACGGUGGUUAAUACCAGACUAUUAGUCACUGGGGUGGUGCAAAUCCUCAGUGCCUUAACUUGCAUCCUGGCCACAGUCACCCAUGCAUGUGUGAGCUACAACUGCUCUGUAACCAUGACAACACCCGUGUGGUCAAGCCUGAUUUAUGUGGCUGCUGGGUGUCUGGCAAUGGAGGUUCAGAGGAAAGCUGAUAAAUUAAAGAUCAUCGCUCUGAUGGGCCUGAACCUCUUCAGUCUGGUGUUUGGCUUCUCUACUCUCCUGGCAAACAGCCUCAGCUCCACACGGCCUGACGCACUCAACACCAACCAACAGCGCAUUGGCUCAUAUGUUGCAAAAGGAAGCUCCAUAGCGUUUGCUGUGCAGUGUUUGUUGGCGUCUGUCUACAUACUUUUCUUGUCCCUGAGAGGCCUGCGUCGCUACAGUCCCAAUAUUCAGGUCUAUAGCCGCAUCACACAGGAUCCAGAUGAAACCAACGAGCUUCUACUGGAAAAUGUGGAAUUCAGUCUGUGAAACUGAAAGAGGAAACGACACACUCCUGCGCAAUGUUUUUGUAAACUCAGUUACUGUUGUUGAUCGUGGUCUGUAUGGUAUGAACAGGCUGUGCAAUGUGAUUAUGUUUGAGGAAAUAGUUUUAGAUAUUGUGAAAUCAUAUCGUGUCACCUUACAGAGGCCUCAGUAACCUUUCUCCUUGGGAAACCCACAAAAGAUAAAUGAUUCACGUGGCAAAAGCAAAGAUUAAACCUACAAAAACUGAACAUGUUAAAAAAGAAAGGGUCGAUAUAAAACACAGCAAUGAGGAAAUUCAAUCAGACAAUGUUUUUACAGCUGAGUUAUCUCAUUAUCUUACAUUAUCAAAACUCAUUAUACUAUUCGACUCAUUUUCACAGACAGUGCUCUGUGUUCAACACUAGAGGGCAGCAUUUGUCAUGUUGUGCAGUUUGACGCACACAUCAACUGUUUAGUGUAACAAUAGAUGAGGAAACUUUGUAAAAAACAGAGGUGUCUUCUGGUCAUGUUGAUAUAUUGAAGAGGAGAAAAACUGCGCUGCAAUGAUUUAACUAUAAACUCUUGGACCACACUUUUUAAUCAAAUUAUC